AACAGGUGCUCUCUCAGAAGAGAAGAAUGUCCCACCGUUCAUGGUGGUGCGGCCACUGUGAAAUCUCCUCCAUAGCUUCCCUUUUGCCUUCUUUGACAGCUACUUCUCUCAAGCCAUGUUGGACCUCUGAAAGGAAGAAUUGUCUGAAGGGAGCUUCUCUGUCCAGUUUCCCAGAGAGGGAAAGGUCACAACAAGGACUCCGCAGCAUUGGCCGCCGGCCGCCUGGUCCGGCAUGGAAGAUGGAACAGUGCGGCAGAGCAAAGAGCCACUGACACAGCAUCAGACAGAGCUGCACACUGCACAGAGCUGCACAGGACUCACACUAUCUUUGGAUGCAGGAACAAUGGCCAGUUCAGAAGGAGUCUCUGAACGGAUGGUGGAUGAGAGAAGGAGGAGCUCCGACAGCACAAACAAGUCCUGUGGCAUGAGAACUCAAGAGCAAGUAAAGCGGGGUAGCACUGGGAGCAGAGAACUACUUGUGCACUUUGAAGAGAGUGGUGAGAGCGAUGCAGAUGCAGAUCCUGCUGAAGACCCACUGACUACCUCACUGAUGGAGCUAUCUGUGCUGGACAGGUUGGGCCUGCAUAGGAUGGCUUUGACUGAACAGGACGUGGAGGCAGCCUUUGCACAGUUGGCUCUGGCCUUCCGCUGCGACAUGUUCACACUGAGGCGGCGGGUGCAGGUAGAGGAGCGGGCAAGGAACACGGCUGAAGGGAAUAUUCAGAAGGAGUUGGCAGAAUGCCAGACAGUGUUGCAGAUGCUGGAUCAAGCCUGUAUGGACUCCAGGCGCAAGGAAUUGAUAGAACAAUUGCAGAGCAGUCUAACAGUGCUGGCAGGAGCCAUGGAACGGGCAACAGUUGCAGCAGAGAAACUAGGAGCUGUCCAUCAGGAGGCACGCAUGAGCCGGGCCACAGAGGUAAUGGUGCAGCAUGUGGAGAACCUGAAAAGGCACCACUUGAGGGAGCACACAGAGCUGGAGGAGAUGAAGAGGCUGAUCCAACAGAACUCCCGCAACCGACAGCUGGCAGAAAACAGGGAUGAUGGUGAGCAGAGACUGAAGCAUCCUCCAUUGCGAAUGUUCCAGCAGGGAUCAGCUCGUCGUAGAGUCAGCAUUGCAGUUAUUCCCAGGCAGCUGAUGCAGUUUAACAGUCCUGAAAAUGGUACAGGCUCUGAGGGGGAAGCAGUUAAGCCAACAGCCAUGGAGGAGGAGAGCCUGGAAAGACAAUCCCGCUGCCUCCAGGAAGACUCUGUUGAUAGCUACUUCGCUCUACAUGCAGGAUCUUCCAGCUCCUCACACCAGAGCCUGCUGGGGCCAAACAGCAUGGAGUGUGACCGAGACAGACAUCACUACCCAGAAAGGAGGGAAUCCGAACUUCGGAGCAGGAGUAGCAUCAGCAAGACUCUAGAGGAAGAGCCUGAUGAAGAAUCUGGCAGUGAGGGGCUGAAUGAAGAGAGUGAGGAACUGGAGGAGAGGGCGCUCCUGUCCAAAGGAUCUAAAAUGGAACUCUGCAGGGCUUGGUUCUCUAUGCCUACAUAUUACUGGGUUUUGUUGUGGCUGUUUUUUCUAGGAAUUGCAUGCCUUGUUCUGAUCCGGAUCCUGGAACUGCAAAAACAAUAUCCAUUUCCAAUCUCUGAUUCUUAGGCACAGAAAGAGCAGCAUACCUGUGCUAGACCUUUGAAUCAUCAGAGUCACAGACGCUUUACUUAUGAAAAAUAAAAAUAGGAAAAAGA